UUCUUGAAUUUCAAAUACAGACACAGUGCUGGGUGACUGUCAUUUCCUUUUAACAACCUUCUUUUUCCAAAAGCUGUUUCAGGUACAUGGAGCCACAGAAUCUAACAGGCAUCUCAGAAUUCUUCUUAUUGGGCCUGUUUGAGGAUCUGGAACUGCAGCCCUUCCUCUUUGGGCUGUUCCUGUCCAUGUAUCUGAUUACUGUGGCUGGGAACCUACUCAUUAUCCUGGCUGUCACCUUUGACUCCCACCUCCACUCCCCCAUGUACUUCUUCCUCUCCAACCUGUCCUUGGCUGAUAUUGGUUUCAUUUCCACGACAGUCCCAAAGGUGCUAGUGAACAUCCAGACACAGAGCAAAUCCAUCACCUAUGCGUACUGCCUGACACAAGUGUCCUUUUUGUAUCUCUUUGGAUGUCUGGACAGUCUGCUCCUCACUGUGAUGGCUUAUGACCGGUUUGUGGCCAUCUGUCACCCCUUGCACUACACAGUAAUCAUGAACCCCCACUUCUGUGGUUUGCUAGUUUUGCUGUCUUUUUUCAUCAGCCUUUUGGAUUCCCAGCUGCACCUUUUAAUGGUGUCACAACUUACCUUCUGCACAAAUGUAGAAAUCCCUCAUUUCUUCUGUGACCCUCCUCAACUCUUUCACCUUGCCUGUUCUGACACUCCCACAAAUACCAUAUUACUGUAUUGUAUUGGUGCCAUCUUUGGUGGUGUUCCAGUCUCAGGGAUUCUUUUCUCUUACACUCGAAUUGUUUCCUCUAUUUUGAGAGUCUCAUCUUCAGGUGGGAAAUAUAAAGCCUUUUCCACCUGUGGCUCUCACCUUUUAGUCAUUUGUUUAUUUUAUGGAACGGGCCUUGGAGUUUACCUCAGUUCAACUGUCUCGUCUUCUGCAAGGAACGGUGCAGUGGCCUCAGUUAUGUAUACCUUGGUCACACCCAUGUUGAAUCCCUUCAUCUACAGCCUGAGGAACAGAGACAUCAAGAGAGCCCUGCAGAGGAGCCUCAGCAGAACAACCUAA